UGUGGUUUAUGGCAAACUUGCAAUAGACCGCGAGAUAUGAACUUCGAAUGUUUUCCAAGAUUUAACAAGGUUACCGAUACACAAGCUCAAUUAUUCACAAUGAACGCUAAUUAUUCCUCGGAAAAUCACACUUCGGAUUACAAACGAAAUGAGCAGCAAGAGAUGCUAAUCGCCCCACCGUUGGAUUUAUCGUUCAGGAAAGCUACCACGAUGGAUGAAUUGAUGGAGAAACGCGCGCAAGUAAUACGCACGGGAAAAACACCAGCGAGAACGUUAAAGGAUCGUUAUGUAACCAGUACGUUAUGGCUAAGUAACAAUCUAUUGAGCUCCAUGGAAGGUCUUCAACGUCUCGUGGAUAGAGUUCUCGAUGAUCCAAUAUAUCUCAGCUGGUUAGAUCUAUCCUUUAACGAGAUAAGCGAGAUCGGGGAAGAUAUUGAGAAAUUUAUAAACUUGAAGAUACUCUAUUUGCAUGGCAACAAAAUUUCAAAUAUCGCAGAUACUGUGAGACUGAGAAAACUACAGAAUCUCAGAUCAUUGACAUUACAUGGUAAUCCAAUCGAGGAUAUUCCCUGCUACAGGAGUUACAUCGUACAUCUUCUCCCACGGCUGCUUGUCCUAGAUUUUUCGCCGGUGAUUGCUGCUGAGAAAAAAAAGGCAUUACCUAUAGGAUUUUUUAAAAUGAUACAGCCUGGAGUGUGAAUAUAAAAUUUUAUUUUUUUUAUAUUGUUGCAUACAUUUUAUAUACACAUCUUCCCAUUUUCAUAUCUUAAUAUUGUAUCAUGUACCAAUUGAGGUUGAGGUAUGUCUCAGCUAUGUAAAAUCUAUUUGCAUGACAAAUUAAUAUUUUUUUGAGAAUAAUGCAUAUUCAAUUGUUAAAAUCUAAUCUUACAGUUGUAAAUAAUAAUAACUAAUUAGGAAUUCAUAUGAACACAAAGAAAAAUAUUUGUGUAACUUAGAAGUGAAAUCAUAAAGGUUGCGUUGCAUGCGCAAGUACUGUUUUGUGACAUUUUCACUUUCAUUAAACAUUUUUUAUGAUUCUGUUAAUCAAUACAAAAAUAUACAAAUGUCGUAUUACCUAUAAUAUUUCUUUGUCUUGACAAAUUUCUAUGAACUUGUACAAAGCAUAGAAAAUGCUUCACAAAUUCUGUAUUUUAAAAAAGUCACAUUCGUCAGGGUCUCUCUCAUAAUAAUUUUAAACAUAAAUUAUGUACCUGUAAAUGUGUAAAUGAUGAAAAUACUAGUUGGCAAUAAUGCAAUGUAUAAUAUAUAUUAUUGAUAACAAUCUGUUUCACAAUGAAACAAUGUUUUUCAAUGUUAUUAAACACACGUAAU